AGACAGGCUCAAACUCUCGACCUCAGGAUAACUCAAUCAGCUAUGAGACCUACGCGCUAGCCAACUGCGCCACCACCCCUAAUGGUUAGAUGUCGCAGUGUGCUAUACUUUAUAAAUGCGAAUUAUUAUGCUAUAUAAUCUCCUCUUUUAUCUGUAUCCCUAUUUUUGGUUGCUUUGACUAAACCGGUAGGGACCUAGAGGUUAUGAUGAUCAGUCAUUUCAUGUCCCGAAUACUGGGUGCUUGGCUUCUCUUCCUAAUUUCUUUUGUUGAAAUAAGGGGCAGUGACGAUGGUAGUUACAUGCAACAGAUUUUAAGCUCAGCCCAACAGGAUAAAGAUUGGUUAGUAUCUAUCAGGAGACAAAUCCAUGAAAACCCAGAACUCGGAUUCGAAGAACAUAACACCAGUGCUAUUAUUCGCAGGGAACUCGAUAAACAUGACAUCCCUUAUCGAUACCCAGUUGCUAAAACUGGCGUUGUUGCCCAAAUUGGUUCAGGUUCUCGCCCUGUCGUUGCUCUCCGGGCAGACAUGGAUGCUCUUCCCUUGCAAGAGCUGGUUCAGUGGGAACAUAUGAGCAAAAUUGAGGGUAAGAUGCAUGGAUGUGGACAUGAUGCUCACACCACAAUGCUCCUCGGUGCUGCCAAGUUGCUUAAUCAGCGUAAACACAAACUUAAGGGGACUGUGCGACUUCUUUUCCAACCGGCAGAAGAGGGAGGUGCUGGUGCAUCUCAUAUGAUAAAAGAGGGUGCAUUAGGUGAUGCUGAAGCAAUAUUUGCAAUGCAUAUUGGUAGUCAUUUAUCCACUGGAAGCAUUUCUUCACUAUCUGGGCCAGUCUUAGCUGCUGUAUGCUUCUUCGAAGCUAAAAUUGAAGGCAAAGGUGGCCUUGCUGCAGAGCCGCAUACUAAUGUGGAUCCAAUACUUGCUGCAUCAUUUGCUGUUCUGGCACUGCAACAUCUCAUCUCAAGAGAAGCUGAUCCCCUCAAUAGUAAUGUGCUUUCUGUUACUUAUGUCAGAGGUGGGAUUUCCCUGAAUGUAAUUCCACCAUAUGUUGAAUUUGGGGGCACUUUAAGGAGUCUUACGACUGAGGGUUUGCAUCAACUCCAGCUGAGGUUGAGAGAGGUCAUUGAAGGUCAGGCUGCUGUGCACAGAUGUAACGCAUAUGUUGACCUGAAAGAGGAUGAAUACCCAUCAUAUCCUGCUGUUGUGAAUGAUAAAAACUUGAAUAUGCAUGUUCAGAGAGUUGGUAGUCUUCUUCUUGGUCCUGAAAAUGUCAAGACAGGCGAGAAGGUGAUGGCUGGGGAGGAUUUUGCUUUCUAUCAAGAAUUGAUUCCUGGAGUCAUGCUCAGCAUAGGAAUUAGAAAUGAAAAAUUGGGUUCAGUAUACUCUCCACAUUCACCUUAUUUCUUCAUCGACGAGGAUGUUCUUCCAAUUGGAGCAGCAUUACACACUGCCCUAGCCGAGACUUAUUUAGAUGACCAUCAACAUUCUGAUAUAAAGUAAAAAAUAAAAAAAAUUAGAAAAGACAGAAUUGUUUGCAUACUUUGAAUAAGUAAAUAGUGCCCCAUAUAUUGUAUUGAACAAUGCAUCUUGCAACUGAUUAAAUGGUCAAAACCUUAUUCCUUAGGAAUCUUAGUAAGAGCUGCUUUAUGUAUUAAAACUAAACUACAAGAAUCUGUCUAUAUGGUGUUAUUUUUUUUUUUUCUAAUGAAAUGAACUUUUGCACAUUAGACUGA